GGACUUAUAAAUGGCGAUAUAAAAGUUAAUCAACAUUAACCGAGUUAACGAUGGAUUUAUUACACAUAGCUAUAAUAUGCAUUGACUUCUUACGUUAUCCUAAUGUUCAAGAGUGCGGUGACAAGUGUUUGGUGACUCUCAAUUUAGAGUUUAAGUGGCUCGCAACUGUGAUUGGUCUGUUGUGUUUAAAAUAUCUGUGGGAAAGAAAACUGAAAUAAACUAUGCCGAAAGUUUAUAGAUAAAUUACAGUGAAUUCUGUAAUUAAACUGGUCAUUUAGAUCAUCAAAAUGCUACACAUAUUUCUGCUGAGCUUCGCAGUUGCGUCAGCUGACAAAAUGGAGCCUUUCAUAGUGGGAGGAAACGAGGCUUCUAUAAGCGAUUGGCCUUUUAUGGUAUAUAUAGAAAUAUCCGAGUUUUCUUUUUACGCGGCGGCGUGCGGAGGAUCACUCAUCAGCUCGCAGACUGUGCUGACUGCAGCCCACUGUCUGGAUGAUUUCAACGAAAAAAGGGCAUUGGACGGAAUCACAUUUAAGGUUUACAUGGGCCACUCAAGACACGCCAGAGCGAUUAUGAUUCGAGGAGUGUUAGACUAUGAAACGCCCAAACAAUACUCCCCUGAUGAUGACGACGUGCGCGCUGAUAUCGGUAUCAUGUUCUUGAUGAGACCUGUUAUAUUCAUAGCCAACGUUCAAAAGGCGAUAUUGCAACGCAGCUUUAAUAUUUACGAGGACAGGAAUCUGGUGGUGGCUGGGUGGGGCAGGACCAAACCAGGCGACAAAGGUAGUUCCAGCUGGACGCUAAAAGAGGUCAAAAUGCAGCCGGAUUCAUACAGGAAAUGCAGGGAUUUGUACAGAGUCAUCUGCGCUAGGAAUUAUAGGGAAUACCCAUACAGUGGAGAUUCCGGUGGUCCCGUCGUAAACACUGUUACCCGUUACCAAGUCGGGAUAGUGUCGGUCAGAGACGUGGAAACAGGGCUCACUAUCUUGACAAGCGUACCAGAAUACUGGGAAUGGAUAAGGUGGACGCAAUUUAAGUUGUUCCGAAAAUAUUGUGACAUGAGGAAGUAAACUUGUUAACAGUAAAUUCAGAUUCUAAUAUA